AUGGCGGCUGAUAUGGCGGAGGCUCCUCUUGCCAUUGGGGACUUCGAGGACGGCAUCUUGGUGAGCUUCAUGAAUGCGCUCUCGCUUCCCACCUUGGCAGAGCUUGAAGCCAAGGGUCUGUUUCCGGCUGCUGGUAUUCGCCUCUACCAGUAUGCCACGGUGGACAGGUUUUCCUCUCUCCCGUUGAGGACCACUGAGAUUGGAGUGUUCUCUGUGGACGAAAUUAAGCGGGCAACGCUGGAGCUUUGGCGGGACUAUGGCACUGGGCGGCAGAUUGACGUCUACCUCGUGGUCCCACAACCUGAUGAGCAUGUUCUCAGCGGCUUGACCUUUGUCAUUGACAUUUUCCAUUUUGACUAUCCUCUGGCGGCUCGCUCCUUGGUCCUGCUUGAGCUCACCAGUUGGACUUUGGAUGAUUCGGGUCCUGGCGCCACGACUUCGUUGGUCUUGAGGGCUGGGAUGCUUCCGACGCGAGCCAGACCUGUGGAUUGGAACCGUGAGGUUGGCCUUCCUGAUGGUUCGGUUGUCAUCGCUCGGGGUCGGCCUCUGCCUACGUGGUCCCCUGCGGAGAUCUCUAUGGGUGACUUGAUCACCUUUUUGGCUGAUGCUCCUCGCUCUCAGCUUGACUCUCCUUUGGUUUACGAAAUCCAACCGGACUUCGAGGAGGUCAUCAGGCGAGCCCUGCGCGCUACACCACCGAUGCAGGGGGUGACUGUGGUCCUGCAUGGGUUCUGGGAGGGCAGAGCUAUCCGCCGCAGAGCCUUUUCUACCUGGCGGCCAGUAUUGGAAGAUGUCCGACAGCUUGCCCAGUCCAUUGCAGAGAGUUUCACGGACCUUGCCCCACGGCCAUUUCAUCUGGUUGCUGCCCGAGUUCCUGAGCAAUUUUUUCGAGAGGACGGCAGCCUUGAAGUUGUGGUCUUUGUCAUUUUUGACCGCCCUUCUUCAGCUCGGCCAGUUUUGCUACGACAACUUGAAGGAGGCUAUUUGGUCCGCGACAUCCUCUUGCUGGUUGAGCAUCAGACUUCAAUUUCCUCCAUGCUGCAGCAAGCUGAGUGGGCGGCUUCUGACAUUGAGGCCAGCUGGUUCCAUGCGGCACAACCUCAACCUUGGGUUGACAUUAUGGAGGUCCUGGUUCCAGCCCAUGGUGAUGUUUUUGAUGUGGUGUUGGGACUUCUUUCAGAUGAUGCCGCAGACGAGGCUCCAUCUCUCCUUCAGUUCGACGCCCGUCUCUUCUCCUCCUUCUCCUUGGUUGAGGACUUCAAGGCUGCUGCGCCCAUUGAUUCGGCCCCCGCUCUGCAACCGUUGUCUUUGGAGGAGCUUCUGCCUCAAUUGGGUAAGCGUGAGGGCAUUUCCUUUGAAGAUGUGUCCUGCUUUUGCUCAGAGCUUUACACUAUGCCAGCAGUCAUGGAAUUCCGCACCAUGGUGGGCCUUCGAUAUGGCCAAAUGGGCGCUGCUGUGGUGGCCUAUGUGCGUACUGGCUCUGGCUGGUUCUUUGGUGGCUUCAUUGCGUUUCAUCCUCCACCUCAGCAUGACUUUGCCAGCUCGUACUUGGCUGAGCUUUUUGCUUUAGUUGGGGCCUACAAAUGGGCGCAAGACCUGUUGCGCCACCAGUGGAAGCUCCAUGGUGCCCUUCCUUUGGUUUCGGUUGGCUUUGACUCCACAAGCGCGGGCUAUGGGGCCACUGGUCAUUUUGAGAUUCGGCACGCUACCUUGCUCCGGGAUGCUCUACGUGGACUUCAUCACUGGAUUCUCUCCGAGUUUGGGAUCUAUGUGGAAGGCUUCCAUGUGGCUGCACACACUGGAGAACCUGGCAACGAGAGCGCCAACUCGCUGGCUUUUGCUGCUGCUGGUGGCGAGGUUGACACCGGCUUUGCUCUUAUUUUGGACAAAUUCUGGCGGCAGCGACUGAAGGCGGGCCUUUGGCCUGGUGCUGGUUUUGCUUUCGUGGUGAAUUCGCUGACUGUUGGUUGGACCACUUCUUGCACUUGGACCGGGUUGGAGCAGCGUGCCUCUCUGACUUUCAAGGUUUCGACCAUCAACAUCCUCACCGGGGAUCCUGCAGGGGAGGAGCGAUCCGUGGGCAUGCUUUGCAACCCGCGUUUGGAGGGGCUCCUCCGACAAGCUGAUGAGGCUGGUGCGCUUCUGCUGGGCCUUCAAGAGACCCGUCUCCGAUGGAGUGGUACAAGGACUCUGGGACAUCACUUCAUCAUCCAGACGGCCUCCACACAGGGACAUUUCGGAGUGGCACUUGGCAUCUCGCUCAAAACCUGCUACGGUCUUGCCAGUGGCGUCGAGCUUUUCUUCAAACCUGCGGAUUUCAGUGUGAUUGCGGAAGAGCCACGGCUUCUCUUGGUGAAGGUUGACGCCUCCCACCUUCGCUGCCUAAUUUUGGUUGCUCACACUCCUCACUCUGGCCAUUCAGAUGCUGAACUUGCUGAUUGGUGGCGGCAUCUUCGCACUGUGAUCCCUGCUAAAUAUAAGUCUUGGGAUCUUUUGUGCUUGGGCGACUGGAACGCCCGGCUCGGCUCAGUGAUGUCUCAGCAUGUGGGCUCGGCAGGGGCCGACGUUGAAUCGGUCAACGGCGGCUGGCUUCAUCAGUUUAUGGCUGAUCGAUCUCUUUGGGCGCCAUCUACCUUUGAGGAAGUGCAUUCUGGCCUACAUGGUACUUGGCAACAUCCUCGCACUCUGGCUUGGAGCCGGUUGGACUUUGUUGUGCUUCCUUCGGCUUGGCACUGUACUGCCUCCUAUGUUGACGACACCUAUGAUGCGGCUCUUGGGCAUUUGGACCACAGUGCUGUUUCGGCGGAGGUCAACUUUGCAGGGGGAUGUAUUCCCUCUUCUGGAAAGGUUGUACAUCGGCCAGGCCCUCGGCUCCACCUGGCACCCAUGUCGUUGGCCACCUCAUUGCCUUUGUGCCUUGCUAGUUGCUCACCACCACCUUCGCAGGUUGACGUGCAUUCGCAUGCUGCCUGGCUGAGCUCUCAGCUAGUUGCUUUGGGCAGUCGAUGCGGAUCCGUCCUGGCGGCUGCCCCUCGUCGGGCUGGACUUACGGCUGGCACAUGGCAGUUGCUGCUCCAAAAGCGGUACCACCGCAACACCAUGAUGCGAGCGCAACGGCAACUUCGCCUUUGGCUGCUACGUCAGAUCUGGCGUGGCUGGAGCUCAAUUGUCUGCUCCCGAGCUACUUGGCUCCUCGAGCAGCAGCCGUGCCUCAAAAGCUUUGACUUUGAUUUCGCCUUCCACUGGAUGCACUUUCGCAGAACCGCCCGACUUGUCUGUUCCGCUCUACUUAGAUGA